GGGCACCCCCACCUUCGCGGCCCAGACACCGCCCCCCACCCGCGGCCCCUCCUUUGCGGGGGGGGGUCGCGGUAACGGUUGCCGGGAAGCGCGCGCCGCCCCUCCCUCCCCCCUCCGUCCUCCCCUCACGCGCCGCCCGUUUUUCCUCUUUCUCCGUUAAUAACAGCUGGGUGGCUGGGGGAGGAGGGAAGGUGGCCCCGGCGGAGCCUGGGCGGGCGCCUCCCACUCACCCGCGAGCCGCCGUGGGAGCAGGAGGAUGGCGGCGGUAGCAGCGGCCGCCCGGGAGGAGGCGGUGCCGAGACCCGGGGCGCAGAGCGCGGCGGCGGCGGCGGCGGCAGAGAGCGGCAGCGGCCCGUCGCGGCGCGCCAGAACCGAAACCAGCGGCCGCCGCGCAGCCACCUGAGCCGCCCCUCCCGCCAGAGCCAGCGAGCCUCCUUCUUCUCCGCUUCGCGUCGUCUCCCGCGCCCCCCGUCAGGCCACCGGCAUCGCCACCGCCCCCGAGAAGGAGAGCGCGCCGGGCGCCGACCGCCCCUCGGGGCGCCGGGUGGUGGCCCUGGACGUGCGGGCGUCUCUCUGGGCCGGCAGCGGCGCCUCGGCCCUGCCCUCUCGCUCCCGCGCUCGCUCCCGCCCUCCCGGCGCUCCGGGUUCUGCGCGCGGGCCCGGCCCGGGGCAGGGCGGACAUGGGCGCCAAGCAGAGCGGCCCGGCCGCGGCUAACGGCCGCACCCGCGCGUACUCGGGCUCGGAUCUACCUUCCAGCAGCAGCGGCGGGGCCAAUGGGACCGCGGGCGGCGGCGGCGUGGCGCGGGCCGCGGCCGCGGGGAGGUUUCCGGCUCAGGUGCCGGGCGCGCACCAGCCCAGCGCCUCGGGCGGCGCCGCGGCGGCCUCGGCGGCCCCGCGCAGCCGCUCCCUCGGCGGGGCCGUGGGGAGCGUGGCGUCGGGGGCCCGCGGCGCGCAGUCCUCCUUCAACAUCCCCAACAGCAGCAGCGGCCCGUAUGGCUCGCAGGACUCGGUCCACAGCAGCCCCGAGGACGGCGGCGGCGGCAGGGACCGGCCGGCGGGCGGGGGCCCCGGUGGGCCGCGCCUGGUGAUCGGCUCCUUACCAGCUCACCUCUCGCCGCACAUGUUCGGAGGAUUUAAGUGCCCUGUAUGCUCAAAAUUUGUACCCUCAGAUGAAAUGGAUUUGCAUCUUGUGAUGUGUUUAACAAAGCCAAGAAUAACAUAUAAUGAGGAUGUACUGAGUAAAGAUGCUGGGGAAUGUGCAAUAUGCCUUGAAGAGCUGCAGCAGGGGGAUACUAUAGCACGACUGCCCUGUCUAUGCAUAUAUCACAAAGGCUGCAUAGAUGAAUGGUUUGAAGUAAAUAGAUCUUGCCCUGAGCACCCUUCAGAUUAAGCAUCAGCUUCCUGUUUUUUAGAUGCUUGAAAAACCAAGAGGAUAUGAGGAUCUGUCUCUGGAAAAACAAAAACAAAAAUGCAGGCAUACUCAGCCAGAAAUCUGAGUUCUGUGAGACGUGGAAAUGCAGAGAUGGACAAUCAUACAGGAAAAAAUCCUGCUGCAGAGAGGACAGUUGCUGCAGAACUCAGUGUACCAAACAUGCAUAUAAAGGACACACAGGGAUUUUGGAAAUGCUGCACAUCCCUAAAUAGUUAUCUACAUAGGUAAUACUGAUAAACAUUUUGUAUUCAGACGCCAAAGUUAACUGAUCUAAAAGUUGAUUUACUUUUUAUUAAGUUCUCUAGAGCUGCGCAACUCAUUGUGUUUUGAUUUAUUGUGUUUUUUAGUUUGGGGUCUCUUCAUUUUCCCCCAACAUGAUGUUUCUGCAUUCAUCUAUUCUUAAAUAAUUUAAGACCACAUAAUUUACUUCUUAUAAAUUAAAGUCUUAAUGUGAAACCAAGAAAUGUAAUCAAGAAGUAAAACAUUCUCUGAAUGUAGACCAUGAUCUCAAGUUCUUCUAUUUUUUUCCCCAAGAGUGGAAAAUAGACUUCUACAUAGGAAAGCUAAAAUAUGUUAAUAUUUUAAAUUAAAGGUUUAACAUUAUCAGAAUGCAGUCCAAAGACUAAAAUCAAGUUACAUAAUUACAUUUUAAUUAAUUAAAUCUAGGAUUGUCUACUGAAUUGCAAUUUAUUAAAUACAUUGUUUCCUCUUAAAACUGCUCAACAGUUAAUCAGCAAUGAAUCAUCUUGCAGCUAUGCAACUUUUAAAAAAAUAAGAAUUACCAAUUUUAAGUGCUGCCAGCUACAAUAACUUUUGUUUUAACGGGUAUUUUUGUUUUUUUCAUGUAAUUAUUUUAUUGUGCUUUGCAUCUCCAGGAAGUUUUCCCACAUUUGGGUGAAAUGUUUAGCAGGUUAUAAACUUAAUAACUUAUGAAAAGGGUAAAAUAAAAUUUUCUUGAGUGGAACUUGGAAUAAUUUGAGGGAUAUUUUAUAUACUUUUAAAAAUCAGAAUUUAAUUGGGAUGCCAGAUUUAUAGCAAUUUGCAUCUUUAAUUUUCCAGGUAAUCUGGAGGUUAGUGUUUGAUAAAUGAUUUUUUUAAAGCAAAUAUGAAGAUUUUGUUAAUUUAUAAUUUAUUAAUGUGUUAUUACUGUAAUUGAAAAAUGUUAUAGAGACUUUUAAAUUCAGUCUUGUUUAGAAAGAAAUGUAUUAAGCAAAAUUAUGUGAAUAAAUAUUCCCACAAAAUUCAUCUGAAUGGUUAAAAAUACUGGAAGAGAGCUAUCAGGGCUACAAUAGUGAAUGUCUUUUUUUUUUUUUUUUUUUAAUAUCAAAAAUACCAAUAAGUAGAUUUUAUGUUUUCAACAUAGGGAAAAUGUUAUCAGUGAACAUUUAAGCAGUGCACUUUACUCAGUAUAAUUGAAAGUUGCACAGUACUAUUUUCUUAUUUUAAGCUUUCUUUACUCUAAUGUAUUUAAGUAUUUGCUUUUCUAUUUAAUGCUGCUACUCUUAUUCUUCUCAAAUUUUUUCUCUACUCUCUUGCUUCUGUUUCAUAUUUCUUAAAAGGGCACGUACAGGAGCAACUGCUGCUACCCAGAAAAAUUUGUGUAUUAUAAACAGUUAAAAGAAUUUUUAAUUGCUUUCUAGUGAUUCUAGACCAGAUAACAUUUUCCCUAAAGUUAUGCUGUGAAAUGCCUUUUGUUAUGCUGCAACUGAUAAAAGAAUCCAAAACCUCCAUUGUGACAGCUGACAGCACAGUUUCAUAGGUGCUCUUUAAACAAGUUAUGGAAAAUAUUCUUCCCUUGAGGAAAAUAUUCUCUCCUUAGAUUUUUUUCUGUUAUCAUGAUAUCUUAAUAUGAAUCCAUUUUAUUUCACAUUUUCAAUUUUGUAAGCUUUCACACAUACACACACACACGUACACACACCCCCGCCUGGAAAACCCUCUUAGAAUGUGAAUAAUUCAUUUUUUUUUCUAUUACUGGUAUAUUGUUAUGGUGAAAAUUAUUUUGUUGUCUUCCAUUCUUAAAGGAAAAGAUUUACUGUAGCUGUGGUAGUUAACUAUUAAUAUUUUCCUGGAAGUUGAUUUUCUGAUAUAAUUUUCUUUUUGACUUUUUAAAACUUACUGGCUUAAGUUCACUUUUCUUUCCUUAUCCUGUACCAUACUCUCACAGUCUUAUUCACUUGGCCUCUUUUCGUCAUAAGGUUCUGUGCUGCAGCUGCUACAAUAGAAGCUCCUGUGGUUUAAAAGAAAGUUCAGUGUUUGUCAGUGUCAAGUGCUACUUGAUUAUUAUAUUUGUGUAGAAUAGUAUUUACUUAAGUCUGUUUAUAGUGAUCCCUUUUUGUUAAAAUUUACAAAAGUUAGCAUUUUUGAUUUUAAACUCAGUCUCCAUCAAUGACUUCCUAAAAAGAAGAAUUUAGAAAUUGAAAAGAAAAUGUUUUUAAAGCCCAAAUGCUCCAGUUUUUAUUCAAAGUCAGAGUUCCUAUUCUGGAAAAUAUUAUAAGUAAUAUUCUACAUGUCACUUAUAAUACCUGUAAAUCCAUAUGUGGACACUGACUAGUCUAAGUAGGACAUAAAAUCACGUUAGAUAUUUAAAUAUGUAGCUGACAACUGAAUAUUAUGGAGACAAAAUAAAGAUUGAAAGCCUAGGUUAUCAAGUUGGUUAUAGCUUUCUAGAAUCUUUGUAAAUACUUAUUCUCAAAUAAGAUCACACUUGCGUAUAUAGAAAGCAAUAUGUUCUGAAAUAUCACUUAGUGCCAGUCUCUUCUUCAUAAUGGAUUUAUUGCCAAUUUUGACUCCUCGUCUUACUUUGAUCUGGCUUUUUUGUUUGUUUGUUUUGCCAGAAUGUAUGAGAGAUAGUAAAAUUACUCUUUCUUUGGGCUCUUUGCUAGAGAGAUAGACUAAGCAUAGUCUUAAUCUAUGUUUUUCAGAUCUGGUUAUAAAUCAGGUAUAGAUUGUGUUUUAAGAGCAGUGUUUGUGAUUGAAAUAUAAAUAAUGUUUCUAUUACUGAUUUUUUUUGUGGUAGUCAAAACAUUUAAAAAGUCCUACUGUUAACUGUUGCAUACUAUAUAGAUUUUAAUUUCUUAGUGGAAGUCUUAUAUUUCAUUUAAAUGUUAUACAGUUAUUUCCAUUUUCACCCACUAAACACUUUACUAGAAUGUAGCCCAAAAAUGCCUAGGAAACACUUUCAGCAUAUUUGCAGUAUGUAUUUCGAAAAGAUUUCAGUUUAAAUGAGUUAAUGAAAAUGGCAGAUUCCUUUUCAAAGCUUAUUUUACUUGCUUAAAUUCAGGUAUAGUGAAGUUUAAGAGCAAUCAUUUAAAUUAACAUAGCGAGACAUAGGGAUGUUUCUUUAAAUGAGAAAAACUGUAAAUUCAAUGUAAAUAUUACCUAAUUUUAUUUGCUAAUCUGGAGAGUUGAAGAAGGGAAAUUUCCUAACGAUGAGCUAUAUUUGAACAAAACAUGAAACUCCUUUUUAAAAUUCAAGAAUAAUUGAAUUUACCAUGUGAUUGACAUCCACAUUAUGCAUUAAUAAUAAUAUCCAAAUCAUCUUAUUCUUUCAUGGAAGAAGUUUCCAUAUAAAUCAGAUUAUUAGGAACUUUGUAAAACUACAUAGAGGUAAAUAUUGCUUAUUAAAAUAUGAGUACAGUUUGUUAGUUGCAGGAAGUCUUCUAAUUCAUUUGGGUCAUUUUCUUGCAAUUUGGUUUAUGCUGAGGUGAGCUCAGUACAUAUUGACAAUGGGUGGUUAAAUGUGAAGUGUCUCUUGUUCUUGUACAAAUAUUUUCUAAGUUAAAAAAAAAAAUUAUAGCAUGCCAAUAUUUUAUCUUUGGCCCAUUCCACUUUUUUCUGAAGUAUGUAGUUUCUGAUUUUUUUCUUUGCUAUAUUGUGAAUAACAGUAAUUAAAUGAUCUGUUUUACUGUCUA